CACGAAAUCGCUCGCAAGAAAAAUGUCAAAACUGCUGGAAUUAAAAUCAUUUUUGCCGGUCGAGAAUUACCCGAUGAAUUAACACUCGGGAAUGCAGAGAUGAACCACAGCGUCAUUCAUGCUGUUCAGAAAUCUGGUCAGAUCUCAGUUGAUGCAACUUACAAUGCGAAUGAUGGUUUGACGAAAGUGAAACUGACACAGGAUGACGAAGAUGAAGAUGGUGAAUCUGAACAAUCAGGCAAGCAAAGUUUCUUCUUUGUUUAUUGUAAAACUUGCAAGAAACUAACACGAGGAAAAUUGCGAUGUCGAUGUUCAAAUUGCAAGGAAGGAAGCUUUGUUCUAUCACAGGAAUUUUAUUUCAAAUGUGGGGAACAUCAUGGUAGAGAUGAACAGGCCCUAUUAUCAAUGUUGAAAUCUAACAUCAGAAAUAUUCCCUGCAUCACAUGCUCUAAAAUAUCAUAAUGCGGUUGAAUAUUU